CGGAACCUUGUGCCGCAUAUCAUCGGAUACACGCUGGGCCGCAACGAAUGGAGCGUCAUCUUGUUAUCGUCCUCGUCCAGGCCGUACUUGGAGAAGUGCUUCACACAAAACACCCAACUGCCGGUCUCUGGGCGAUACUCGACGAAGCGCGUAUCGUUUGCAUAGCAGGCGCAACGCAGAUGUCCCUCCCAAUUCAUUUCGAUCAGACGCUGCGCAUCCUUCACAACAGGCACAGGCUGGGUCUUGUCCACGGGCCAUACCUGCUCGAGGGUGACUUGUGCCUCACGAUUCAGGCCUUGGUUGAUAGGCGGCCUCUUCUCAUCGUCAGGAUAAAUGAUGAUCCCCUUGUUACGGAAGUAAACUGCAGAGAGAGAGCGAGAAUAGUUCUUGGCGGAUGAUGCUUGUCUGGCCUGGCUCCUCCCCAAUCACUUACCAAUCUCAUCCAGAUUCAGUCCAGCCACGUCCAUUUCCAUGGCAAAGAACACAGUGCCAUAGCCCUCGCGUCCAAUGGUGAAAUUGGGCACCACACAGGACCCAUCCUCGGCCAGGUAGGACUUGAGAUCAUCCAGCGAGGGUAUCGUGUAGUAGCCCACGCGUCGCAACACUAUCCCUGUGGGAUGUGGCGCAUAGUCUGACGCCCCAUAGCGCCUCGUUGCUGCCUCAAUGGCCAGUCUGGAGCGAUUCACUACAGUCUCCUGCGAGAGGGCCGCCUGCUGCUGCUGCUGCGAUGCGAAGGUAUCCCGCUUGGCAAUGGCGCUGGUUUGCGACUUAUCCGUAUCCUGCCGAUGUUGGUCUCUGCUGUCCCUGGAAGAGAAACCGCUGCUGCUGCUACUGCUCGCCGUCUCUGUGGGACUGUCGGACUUUUGGUGGGGACGUCCCAAAGCCGCUUGGAGCCUGUGGGGACCGUUGCUGUUCACCGAAGAUUUGGAGUUUGGGAUAUCGGCGGCCUUGUCCUUUUUUUUCUCUCUUGUUUUCCUGUUUUUACUCAUUAUUACAGCUAUUGGUGCGUCGCGUCCACACACACACACACGUAUAUGCUCAAAAUGGGAUGCUCCGGCUGUUGCUCCACUUAACUACAGCCUCCUGCUAAGGAUUGGUAAGGACAUAAACUGGACCUAGACGUACAACAAUCGAUGGUAUUGUGUUCGUAUCGAUAGCAUAGCUAGGGCUGCAAAAACUGCAAAACCGACGCUACGCGACGCUACGAGACGCUACGAGACGCUACCCGGCUACCGGCUACUAGGACUAGCCACUGACAGGACUUUCCAGGACUACGCACUACACUGCACAGGACAAGAUGGAUACGAGCAAGGCUGGAGCCAGUGCCACUGCUGCGACCAGCAAUGCGUCAUCCCAGGACCAGCAACAAUCUGUGGGCCCUUUGCGACCGGCAAAGCCUGGCCGGAUGAAGAAACUAGCAUAUCCGAAGAAACCUGACCAGUACACAAACCGCCGACCCGUUUGUCCCAUGUUUUACCUCUUCAAAUCAUUUAGUCUAGUGGAAUUUAACGCCAACGAUCUGAAGAACGCGAUCCAGUACCUUAAAAGCCCCAGUCACAUAGCAGAUGUGAAAAUCGGCAAGGUCAAUUUGGUAUCGUGCCUCACAUAUUUUCGAAAUGAAAAGUUUGUAAUAAUAUUAGACGAGUAUCAUCUUUCCCAUAUGACUUUUCUACCCGUACCGAAAUGGAAGGUACUUGUAAUAGCUGCAUUCAACUUGCAGGGCACUAUGUUCCAUUAUUUAUACGUUCGUGCGGUUGCUCAACUUUUUAAAUAGAGGGGUGUUAAGUGGG